AUGCAGGCCCCUAACAAGUCAACGAGAUUGGAGACGAUGGAUAUGGAGGUCCAUCCUCUUGAUCAAGAUGUGCCGCCAACUCAGAAAGGGACCGUCUUGGACGACCAUGACAUGCAGCGCAUGGGAAAAAUACAGGAGCUCAAGCGAAAUAUGCGACCGGUGGCUGCCUUGAGUUUUGCUUCGAUUCUACAGGCAACAUGGGAGUUCAUUUUGAUAUCGAAUGACCAAGGGCUAGAAAAUGGCGGUCUACCGGGCAUGUUCUGGUCGUAUAUCUGGACCUUCAUCGGAUUCGGGUUUAUCAUCGCCUCCCUCUCGGAAAUGGCAUCAAUGGCGCCAACCUCAGGCGGACAAUAUCACUGGGUAUCCGAGUUUUCGUCCCCGCGACACCAAAAAUUCCUCAGUUAUAUCACGGGUUGGAUGUCAGUGUUGGCCUGGCAGGCUGGAGCGGCGUCAGGAUCUUUCCUGACUGGAACUAUCAUCCAGGGUUUGAUCAGUGUGCGGAAUCCGGAGUACGAACCCAAAAACUGGCAGGGGACUCUGUUUGUGUUUGCGAUGGUGUUGGUGAUUUACAUUGCCAAUGUUUACGCCUCGGAUCUGAUGCCAAUUCUGAGUAAUCUGCUCAUGAUUCUGCAUGUCCUAUCCUGGGCAGUGGUUUUGAUAGUGCUGUGGGCGAUGGCGCCUCACCAAUCCGCCAAGACCGUGUUUGUUACUGGGUGGGAGAAUGGGGGAGGUUGGUCCAGUAUGGGAUUGAGCGUGAUGAUUGGACAAAUCUCCGCUAUCUAUGGCUCUCUGAGCUCCGAUGCAUGUGCCCAUAUGUCCGAAGAGGUCAAAGAUGCUGGCCGAUACGUCCCCGUUGCUAUUGCGUGGGGAUAUUUCAGUAACGGUAUCAUGGCUGCAAUCCUGCUAGUCACGUUUCUCUUCUCGCUCCCAUCGGUGGAAGAUGCAUUGAAUGAUAACACUGGAUUCCCAUUCAUUUAUGCCUUCAAAAACGCGACAUCGAUGGCGGGUGUGAAUGGCCUUACCUCGAUUAUUCUUCUACCAGUCAUUUUCAGCAACAUCCUCUUCAACGCAUCCACAUCCCGCCAAACCUUUGCCUUUGCUCGUGACAAGGGCCUCCCAUUUUCUCGCUUCAUCAGCAAAGUCGAUCCAAAGCGUCACAUUCCCGUCAACGCCAUCGCUCUAUCGUGCAUCUUCAGCUGUGCCCUUUCUCUUAUCAACAUCGGAUCCUCGACGGCAUUCAAUGCUAUCAUCUCGCUUAACGUGGCGGCACUGAUGUAUACUUAUAUCAUUUCGAUCAGCUGCGUCAUUUACAAGAAGAUCUGGAACCCGGACAGUCUCCCAGCUCGACAGUGGGAUAUGGGACGGUGGGGACUACCCGUCAACAUCAUUGCACUCAUCUACUCCUGCUUCGCUCUGUUCUGGUCCCUGUGGCCGAGCGAGAGCAGCAUCACAGUGGAUAAUUUCAACUGGAGUGUUGUUAUCUUUGGAGGUGUGUUCUUGCUCAGCCUCUUCAUGUAUGUGGUCAAGGGGCGCAAAGAGUAUGAUGGUCCGGCUGUUAUUGUGCAGCAUGGUUAA